GUGCUGUUGCUGGAUGAAAGCAAAACGGUCAUCUCGUCCUUUUCAUGCCCGGCCAGUAAGCUUGUUGCCGGUGAAGAAUUCGAAACCGCUCGCUAUCUCAUUUCAGUGGACGAGGUGGAAUCCUCUCAGCCGCCACCUGCCAAGAAGCCGUGUGUCGUGCGGCCACGUGGUCCAGCACUGUCCAGGCCGAAACACUCCUACUCGGCGCCAGCACAAGUAGAGCAAUCUCAAGCUCGCAUGCCCUAUCCUCCUGGAGCAAAUUGCAAUGACGCCAAUGCUCGCAGCUACGUCCCCGACGUGGCGCCCAAGCAACGAUCGAUCCCUCGCCAACUCAAGAUGCUGUCCAGCCAAACUGACGCCCAUAGCUCAGACGAACCUGGUGACGUUGCAGUGAUGUCCAGCCGUGCGCCAGAAGAGUACCGCAAGCAGCCCGUGUGCUUGGUAACGUCCGAUGAGAAGGCCAACCGCACCAGACGUUCUCGCUCACCGCAAACCGUUGACCCGACUCCGCUCAGCACACACAGAGGUUGGAGUGCUGAACAAGAACAACCUGCCCUGCCUAGUUCAGCCAUGCGGAGGAAUGACGAGAUCGACGAUAGUGUCCAUCAUCCCCAAUACGAUAGUAUCUAUCAACACACUGACAACACAGCCAUUGUGUUGGAUGGGCUUCAGCCUGAUGACAGUGUUGCGGCUGACACCAGUCCAGGUCGGGCCUUGGCUGAUGUGCACGGUGCAGAGGAGUAUUCAGUUGCCGUCUUCCCGCCGGCGUGCGAAGUGCCUAUCAAUCGAUCAGCAAACGAAAUCAUCGCGCUCAUCCGUGGAUCUGGCCACCAAAGUACCCAAGCAGCAGCUGUAUAGAGGUACAUGCGGAUGUGUCUGCAUUCGUGCUAUGACUGCGUCAAAGCGUGUACGGGUGCUGUCCCACCUCGCGCAGUGCUGAGCCUUGUACAGCUCUUGCGCUGCGGGCAUCCUUCAUCUUCGGGUUCCAGGCAGCGUGAAGUCUGUGUGUGAGUGGCGCUCUUGUUACACCGGCUGUUUUAAUGCUGCGGCCGAGACACGCAACAUGUAAUGCUCAACUGAACGUGUUCAUUGCGUAGGGUGUAGAUAUCGACGAUAGGCUUUACUGCACUGUGCUCAUAGCAAGCUGGAGCAAUUGGCUAUGCACGCCGACCACCGAGUAUGAAUGUGACAGUUGUCACCUAGGCUAGGAGGCUGCCCACAGCUGAGCAGUCCACCGUUUACAUCAACACGUGUUUGUGCUUGGGCGUGGUGUUGGUAGAAGAGCUUCCAUGAUUGAGUCUACUCCGCGGUGCCGUGCUGCGGGUACACAGCUUCUGAAGGCAGCCCUCACUGACACACAGUCACUGAACAUUUUCAUUUGAUUUUUAGUGCAGGUCUCCGACCGCGUCAUGGUUCGGGAAUUCGACUUCAAGUCUGCACCGAAUUUUUAUUUAGGAAUACCUAUAUCAUCCCCUUGUACCGAGGGAUCAAGUUUGCUUGAACAGUAUUCCGUGAACAGUAUUCCAUUAUCUAGCCUCUGAAGACAAAUUCACACUGUAGUAUGAUAAUUAUUUGAAGGCAAAACAUGAUCGUGCUACUCCUAAACAAUUAUGACUUUGCUUUGUUCUAGCUUAGGAAAAAUGUUAUCCAAUUUUUAUCUACGUA